AUGGAAGAGCAGGGAGAAAUAAUUGAAGAUGAAGAAGAUACUUGGCUCGAUGAGAAGCUAGUCUCUAAGCCAGCUGAGGAUUCAGCCUUCAACAUUGAGGCAGAUGUGAACCUUCACAUGCCAAUUGUUACCAAGGCCUUGUCUGAUCAAUAUGAGGAAAGUCCUAGUAAUGACCCAGGUAGCACUCAAGGCAACGCUAUAGAGGAGGAUGAUGCUGAGUUGGAAGGCAUGGUAGCAGCUGUAGCAAAAUUGUCAUUUUUGGGUCAUGUGGACAUUAAUAACAUGUUAAUAACAGCUGGAUGA